CACAUCACCACCUAACAACACGUAUGCUUCUAGUAAUUCAUCAACUCAACAUGAUACAUCACAUUCUUCGUCGAAUUUGACGCCAUCUACAAAUUUCUUGUUGGGACCAUCACAUUUGAAUGUAGAUGAUAGCGACAUAAAGCCUUUGAAAGUAUAUUUGACCAAGAAGGUAACUGAUAUUCCCAAAGGAGAUGCUACUAAAGCCGACGAUGUAUACGAAGGCAGUACUGAAGAAUAUUUUCUCAUUGCAUACAAGCAAAAUGAUCUUACACUCGUUUUCCUGAUAUUGAAUUCCUUGCCAGAGGUCCACACUAAAGUUUCUAAUGUGACUCUUUACAAAUCUAUACACGAAUAUUUGUCAUCACAUUCAGAUGACAUUAUCAAAAACAUGAAUGAGGAUUAUGAAUAUUCCGGAAAACUUGGAUCUGAUACAGAUAAAGAAUAUCGUUAUGUGUUUUUCAACAAACUUAAUUUGGCCAUUAAAUCAUCAUUGUAUCCAUUUACUGCCUCUAAUGGAACGUCAUCGUCCAAAGGAUUAACCAUCACUAGCGAAAUGGCACAUGCAUUAUGCGAUCUACAUGAAGAUCUAGAAAAGGAUCCGCAUUUGACAGAAAUUUAUACACGAUCAACAACGAAUUUUUGGAUUGUGGGUAAAAGAUCAGAUGGUCGAGUGUUAUAUGUUGUCGUACCUAAAAAAGAAGUUUCUUUGAUGGAGGUUGAAGAUGAUGUAAGAAAAUUAAGUAAUCUUUAUUUUUCUGGAUUGUACGUUGAUAAUUAA